UGAUAAGAGAUGCGCGUGGAAGAUCCAGCUAAAUGACAGUCUGUGUGCUCGGAGUAGCUUCAUGAUGCCUCUUCUCAAUGUGACGGAAGACACCGGCCCCAGCACGAACCCGACCCCUUAUUCGUCAUCAUCUCUGUCCUUCAUCACGUACUCCGCCCUCCCAUCAUCCCUGUCUCCGUUUCUUCCGCAGUCAAACUGCUCCGUGUCUCCUGCUCCCUCCUCUCAGCCGUAUAACUUCUACGCUGUUUUGUUGGUGCUGCUGAUCUUUUGCGUAGUGUUUGGUAACGUGCUGGUGUGCAUGGCCGUGUCACGAGAGAAAGCUCUUCAGACCACCACCAAUUACCUCAUUGUAUCUCUGGCUGUGUCAGACAUGCUGUUGGCGACACUGGUGAUGCCCUGGGGCGUUUACCUGGAGGUUGUGGGUGAAUGGAGGUUCAGUCGAAUCCAUUGUGACAUCCUGCUCACCCUCGAUGUGAUGAUGUGUACCGCCAGCAUCCUCAACUUAUGUGCCAUCAGCAUCGACAGGUACACGGCUGUGGCGAUGCCGUUACUAUAUUACACGCGAUACAGCUCCAGGAGAAGAGUCGCGCUGAUGAUCGCUGUCGUCUGGUUCCUUUCGUUUGCCAUUUCCUGUCCGCUGCUGUUUGGUCUCAACAACACAGCCAGUCAGGAAGGAAGAGACUGCAGUUUUGCCGACCCUGCAUUCGUGGUCUACUCAUCUGUCGCUUCCUUCUACGUUCCCUUUAUUGUCACUCUGCUGGUGUAUGCGCAGAUCUGCGUGGUACUGCGCAGACGUGGCAGACGCACUGCACCUUCACGCAGACACGGCCUUCACCCUGAGCGCCGAGACGGACAGAGACCACGCAAGAAUAAGUGCACUCAUCCUGAAGAUGUCAAGUUGUGUACUUUAAUCAUAAAACCUCCUACGCCGGCUCCGCAACGCAAGAAAGUGACACUUGUGAAAGAGGCCGUGGUUCAUCCGCUGGAAGUAGAUCCGGUGUGUUUUCUGGGUCAGGAGAGAGAGCAGAUGCAGACGCAGAUCCCUGGAUGUGCUAAAAUCUCCCUCUCGCUGUCUGUGGCCCCGAGUCCCACUCGCCCCUGCUCGGCCUCGGGCCCUCGCAGGGCCACAUUGCAGGAGAGCUUAAACGCCCGUCAGGGAUGGAGGGAGAGGAAUUCAGAAAGAGACAAAGGAGCCGCAGUGAAGGAGAGAGUGAGAGGACGACUAUCACAGCAGAAAGAGAGGAAGGCCACACAGAUGUUGGCCAUUGUUUUGGGUGUGUUCAUCGUAUGCUGGUUGCCAUUUUUCCUCACUCACGUGUUGAAAGCUCACUGCGGCAGCUGUUGCAUCUCUCCAUCGCUCUACAGCGCAGUCACAUGGCUGGGUUACCUGAACAGCGCUGUCAACCCCGUCAUCUACACCACCUUCAACAUCGAGUUCCGCAAAGCCUUCAUUAAGAUCCUGCACUGUUGACGAACCAUGCGACAAAAGAGCAAAUUACUCAAUGAGAGAAUCUUGUGACAGCGAACGCUUGAAGCACAGGAUGUAACAAUUCUUCUAAAAAAGACAAACCGUUUGAAAAGGCAAAGACAUCGACUUUUGUGGAUAUCAUUAUUGUGUGAAACUGUUGUGAUCUGCAGAUGUAUAGUUACUCUAUUGAUUACAGAACUGUGACAUCAGCAAUAGGGCCAUCUUCUGAGAAAUACUGUAUUAUAAAUCAUGAUUUUUUACCCUGUAGGAAAAUGACUGACUGAUGCUUUUGGCAUCACUAAAUGCAUAACUUAAAGAUGCAGAACUUAAUGUGAACAUACAUUUCAUGAAAUAUAUUUUAUGUGGUUAUGCAAACAUGUAUAUUAAUUCUUGGCCAACACAUUGCAAGCGCACGGUCCCAUUACACACAUAAUUGCAUUUUUGCUAUAGCGUCCCUUGAGGCAAUUCUGAGACUUGUGUUGCAUUAUGAAUUACGCUCUGACAUGUUUUCGAAGUGCAAUGAUGCACAAAAUGUAGCUUGCAUUGAUAAAUACUUUGCACUGGGUGAAGUAUAUUUCAGGCCUAAUUUGGUGAAAAGAAACAAUCCACUAUCCAGCCAGUGCAAGCCAGGGUUAUCAACUGGCCAGCAGCCUCGGACCUUGAGCUGCAAGACCAAAAUCGAUCUGCGUUCCCACCAUCGGGCCAAUAACUGUGCAGCAUUGCCCAAACAAACGCCCUUAAUAAGUCAUUUCUUUGGGCACCGCUUUGUCCAAUGGAUUUGUACUGUGCCAGCAUAUCUAUUUGUUUUCUGAACCUGUACCGUUGUGCGCUGGAUACACAACCUGGAAAGUUCGGCGAAACUCUGCCUUUGACAUUGAACACACCUCAAUCCCCGGUUGGCCUUGUUUGGCCCAAGGGCAAUCGGUGGGCCAAAGGCCAUUGGCUAUUGGCUCAGAGAAAGUCCAGAGGAGGCACGAUGAAGCCCCAAAAGUGACAGUGGGAACGCAACUGGCCAUGGCACGCACUAGCACGGACUGAUAGUGGAAACGCGGCUACUCAGUGCAUAUCAAUGAUUUUAAGAUAAUAUCAGUUAUCACUUUUGGGAUCACGACACCUUCAAACCUUUGUCACCUGAAAGAGCACUAUGGCUUAAUGCAUCUGAAGCACACGUGUUAACUACUCGCAAAUGGCUUCGAUCAGUUUACGCAUCUUUACGCUGUCCCGAUAAUGAUUUGAAAUAUACUGAUGCACCAUGAUUGACCACCUGCAGUGGA